GCAUUUCGAACCGCUUUCGGUCGGAAGGUCGUUGUUGUUUGCGCGAAACAAAUUGGCUUUUUGAGGCCACCGUUUGUAUCAUCAUUUGUUUGAUACGGUGGCAAGUCAAAAUACCGAAAAAAAAACAAGCGUCAAUUAAAUGACGAGAAAUAAGGAUUCUUUUGUUUUCAACUCCGCGAUAACGAUUUCAACGCCUUGCAACACUUUGACCAAAGAUAAGCCACGCACAUCACGCACGGCAGAGAGAAAAAAAAAACAAAAAAACCGCAAAUGGUCCACACCGCAAUGAUGACGACGUUGAUAAUCGCGAACGAUAGUUGCGCGCCUGUCUUAUAACGUGCCCCCACCAAUCGCGCGCAGUUGAGUGGUUUUUGUGCGGUUUCUUUUGAAGUGCUUUUGCUCCUCCAAAUUCCAUCCCAUAUAAACCCACUGAAUGCUCUGUCAACGGACUGGGACGCUUGUGGGACACUUGCUGGCCCGGCAGACCAUUCGCUCGCUAGCGGCUAGAACGAUGUCAACAAACAAGUUCGAUCUUCCUGCGCGGUACCAGGGAUCAACGAAGAGUGUGUGGGUGGAAUACAUCCAGCUUGCCCUGCAGUAUAAACCGCUUAAUCUUGGCCAAGGAUUCCCGGACUAUCAUGCGCCAAAGUAUGCGCUGGAUGCGUUGGCUGCCGCAGCCAACAGUCCCGACCCGUUGGCGAACCAGUACACGCGUGGGUUUGGCCAUCCACGGCUGGUGCAAGCGCUAAGCAAGAUGUAUUCCGGGCUGGUCGGCAGGACCAUCAACCCGCUGAGUGAGAUACUGGUGACGGUUGGUGCGUACGAAGCGCUGUACGCUACGAUUCAAGGUCACGUGGAUCAAGGGGACGAGGUCAUUAUCAUUGAACCGUUUUUCGACUGCUACGAACCGAUGGUCAAAGCGGCCGGCGGUGUGGCCCGCUUCAUUCCACUGGUGCCGACCGUAACCGGUCGCACGAUAUCGUCGGAGGACUGGAAGCUGGACCCGCUCGAGCUGGCCAAACUGUUCAACGAGAGGACGAAGAUGAUCAUCAUCAACACGCCCCACAACCCGCUCGGGAAGGUGAUGAGCCGCCAGGAGCUGCAGCUGGUGGCGGACUUGUGCACCCAGUGGGACGUCCUGUGCGUUUCGGACGAAGUGUACGAGCACAUGGUGUACGCGCCAUUCGAGCACGUACGCAUCUGCACGCUUCCGGGCAUGUGGGACCGCACGAUCACGAUCGGGUCGGCGGGCAAAACGUUCUCGCUGACGGGCUGGAAGAUUGGGUGGGCUUACGGGCCGGAGAGUUUGAUGCGCAACUUGCAGAUGGUACACCAGAACUGUGUGUACACGUGCGCCACCCCGAUACAGGAAGCGAUUGCGGUGGGCUUCGAACGGGAGCUCGAUCAGCUGACGAGCCCGGAAUGCUACUUUAACAGCAUCUCGACGGAGCUCGUCACGAAGCGCGAUUAUAUGGCCCGGUUCCUGGAGGACAUCGGGAUGUGCCCGACAAUCCCGCAGGGCGGAUACUUUAUGGUGGCCGACUGGUCGAAGCUCGCCGAUAAGGUGGAUCUGUCGCAGGAAACGGAUCGGUACAGUGACUACCGGUUUACCAAGUGGAUGACCAAAACGGUCGGGCUGCAGGGCAUCCCACCGUCGGCGUUUUACAACGACGAGCACAAAGCGCUCGGGGAAAGCUUUGUCCGGUAUUGCUUCUUCAAGCGGGAUGAUACGCUGGAACGUGCCGCUAGCAUUCUGACCGAGUGGAAGAACAAAACAAAGACGAAUUAGAUUAGAUGGGUUGUGUUGUAAAGGAAGGCAACACACAAACAACAUCGCCCUUUUGUGUAACAAUUGCAAUAAACACACAUACACAGAUCCCGGGGGAUGGUUCCGAUUAUAUAA